AUGUUUUCAAAGUCGAUCACAGCCUUGCUGAAUCGAUAUUUUAGUACACCAGCGUCCAAGGAAAAAUUGGUCAUCUUUGACACGUCCUUACGCGACGGUGAACAGUCACCGGGUGUUACCCUCACUCCCGAGGAAAAACUUGAGAUUGCCAGGCACCUUUCCAGUCUUGGGGUCGACGUAACUGAAGCGGGUUUCCCGAUAGCCUCGCUAGGCGAUUUCGAAGCAGUCGCGCGUAUCGCGAAGGAAGUUGGUCCUCUGAUGAACGGACGAGAAAAUAUUGGCAAACCUAUGGUAAUUGCCGGGCUUGCGCGUGCAACCGAAAAAGACAUAAAACGAUGUUAUGACGCCGUAUCAUUCGCACCUCUUCAUCGAAUCCACAUAUUUCUUGCAACCUCCGACAUACACCUAAAACACAAGCUUAAGAUUAAUCGAGACGAAUGUAUAGAGCGUGCAACUUCUGCGGUCGCCUAUGCUAAAAGUUUAUGCGAAGACGUUGAAUUCAGCUCGGAGGAUUCCGGCAGAAGUGAUAGAGAUUUUCUGUGCAAAGUUUUAGGUAAAGUAAUUGAAGCCGGUGCUACGACCUUGAACAUUCCGGAUACCGUCGGAUACAACAAUCCGGAUGAAUACGGAGCUUUGAUCAAGUACUUGAUUGAGAAUACUCCGGGAGGUCACAAGGUCAUUUGGUCAACACAUUGCCAUAAUGAUUUGGGCCUUGCCACGGCGAACACCUUGUCCGGAAUUCUUAACGGCGCCAGGCAAGUUGAAGUAACUAUCAACGGCAUCGGGGAACGUGCAGGUAAUACCGCGCUUGAAGAGGUCGUUAUGAAUAUACACACUCAUCCAUCAGCAUACCCGGUGUAUCACACCAUCAAUACACAACAACUCUAUCGAACUUCCACUUUGGUCUCAUCCCUUUCUGGGAUGGUGGUACAACCAAACAAAGCCAUUGUUGGGGCUAAUGCAUUCCUUCAUGAAUCGGGUAUUCACCAAGACGGUGUAUUGAAACAUAGGCAAACCUAUGAAAUCAUGAGUCCAGAAGACGUGGGAGUUUUCAAUGCUAAUCUGGUCCUAGGUAAACUCUCGGGUCGUAACGCGUUUCGCUCACAUAUAAUCGAGCUUGGUUAUGGAGAUAUGAGUGAGGCCGAUUUCAACAGUGCAUUCGAUCGAUUUAAGGAAUUGGCAGACAGCAAGAAGCGUGUCACGGAUCACGAUCUUCUAUCAUUGUUGACGGAUCAGGUUACAACAGACACUGCGCCUGAAUCGCAAAGGUUCAAACUGCAAUCAAUUCAAGUAGUCUCUGGAACCCAUGAAAUGGCCACAGCCACCGUAAAACUCUUCGAUACAAUCAGGAACCAAGAAUUAUUCGACGCGGCCAUCGGAAGGACCGGACCAAUCAUGGCUGUAUUUGGUGCUAUUCAGAGACUGGUGCAACGUAAGAUACGACUGUUGAAAUACGAAGUACGUGCUGUAUCUGAGGGAAUGGACGCACUAGGAAAGGUCAUCGUUAAAGUGACCGAGGAUGUUGACUCAUCAGGUUUGGAUGUUGUUGCGAAUCCACGUGAACACGCUAUUUCUGGAGAGGUAAAACCAAAGGUAGAUUCAACGGGAGAACUAAAAUUAACAAAAAGCACAUACCAUGGCCAUGGUACAGACGUCGACGUAGUUUUGGCAAGUGCAAAAGCAUAUUUGAAUGCUAUAAACAGGAUAUUUGCGGAGGAAAUUAAGGCCACAACGGGACGACAAAGAAGUUCGUUGGAGGAGAGGAUAGCAAAUGUAUAA